AGGGCUGGAAGUGAUGAGCAGGAAAGGAAAAAGAGACGGAGCGAGACGUAGCGCGAUCAGCAUCUGGAUAUUAAUGGCCAGCAGGAGCGAAUGGCUGCAACGAGGUGCAGAAGGUGCAGCCGGCGAGUGGUGUGAGCAGCCCAGAGAGGUGGCGUGCCCUUGCGUAAUGCGGGGCGUGUGUGGAGUGACCGCCGACCGCCGACCGUGUGAAGUACUUGGGUUCGUACCAUCAAUGGCGCCAUGCCAUGGCAGAGACACGGGGAAGUCGCAAUGGACGAUUCACGGCACUGCACGAGGGGCGCCAAGCAGGGUUCAGGCGUGGGUCCAAGUACUCGCAGGUCUCUGGGAGCCCGAGCUGGAUAAGCUGCAGUGUGGUCAGAGGUACCUCGGUGAGGGGAUGCCUUGGCAGUGGGCCGACUCGAGGUCUGCGAUACCGGGCGAGACUGCGAUGCCCGAGAACGGAGAUCAGCUCAGCAGCGCCCCGGAAGCAGCGCCGUUGCAGCGCCUCCCUCCCUGGAUGGACGAUCUUGAAGACAUGAGGUAG